AUGGAUAAACCGGCAGAUUACAGCGCCGGCGCCGGCGCCAGGGCUACUCCAUCAUUGGUCAAGCAAUUACUCCGAGCAGAACAGAAACAUCAAACAGGAAACUCUUCGCGGCAGCAGAAACAGUCGGAAUUGCAACAAUCUCCAACAUAUUCUCAGGAAUUGAUCAAUGCCAAUCUCUGCAAACUCUCCGACGGUCUCUCGGCAUUCCAACGAUGCUUAGGAGAAGAAGAGAAACAACAACUGAAAUGCCCUCAUCGUCCAGAGCCGGAAUUGUUUCGUAUAGAGCUGAAAUCCCCUCCUCGUCCGGAGCCGAAAUCGUUUCGUAUAGAGCUGAAAUCAUCCCCUCCUCGUUCUAGUUCAGAGGUGAAAAUCCUCUGCGAAACAAUGAAUAGUCAUGGUCUGCGGAAGUACAUGAUAAGGCGUCUCUCAUGUUUAAAGACGCUGCAACAAAAAGUCCCUAAGGCAUUACAACUCUCGCCUAAUCCUGCAAGGCUGAUAUUGGAAGCUAUAGGCAUGUUUUAUACUCUAGGGAGCAAUACUUAUGUUGAAGGCUCACCUUUGAUCACGGAAAGACGGGCUUUAGUAUUGCUUUUGGAGUGCUUCUUGAGAAUGAUAGGCGAGGGCGAGGACGAGGGAAGCUCUGUUGAGAUUGAAAAUGGAGAGAAGGAAGAGGCAGGGCAAGCAGCUUUAGCAUGGUAUAGGAGAUUGAAUUUUGAAGGAGGUAUACUAAAAGCUCAGGAAAUUGAUGCUCGGGGUUUGUUGUUGUUUAUUGGGUGUUUCGGGAUUCCACAAGCAUUUAGAAAUGAGGAUAUCAAGGAUUUGCUCCACCAAAGUUACAUCAAGAUGAUUUCUAGCUCCCUCAGGAGAUCAAGUGUUCUCAUGGCAAAGAUUCCGGAAAUAAUAGAAGGGAUGCUGAAUCAAAAUAUGGUAGUUGAUGCCGUUUAUUUUACCUUUUGUUUUGGUCUUGAAGAUAGAUUUAACCCUCAAAGACUAUUGACAUCAUUUCUACAUGAGUCUGAAGUGUCAUUAUGCAAUAAAAUUCAGACAUUUGAACAAAAUAAAGGAUCAAAAGAUUCAGCUCUUCAAGAGAUUAUUGGAGCUAAAAGGAGGUACUUGGGUACUUUGAAAUCUGUCAUCCAAUGCUUGGGACGUAACAACAUUGAUCAUUCAAAAUUUCUUUCAGAGUGGCAAAUCGGCGAGAAAGUAAUAGGUUUGGAGAAAGAAAUUGCUCAAUUCAGGAAGAAUCUGAAAGAUGAACAAAGAAUGGAACAAAAGAGAAAAAAUGAUGAAACUGAGUGGUUGAACAACAAAGAAGUGAAACACUCACAUUUUCCUAAUCCAUGGACGCCACAACAGAGAGUCGUUAACCAUGUUGAUAGAAGCAAUACCUUGUUAGAAAGUGAUAGAACGGCUGGACACUUUUAUGGUCAUUCUGUGUACCCUUCGGUAUAUCAUGGACCUGUUGCAGGCUCGAUUCAUGAAAAUAUUGUUGGCUCGCUGGCAGGACCUAUGGGAGGUGUGGCCAUGGUUGUACCUGGAGCAGGUAUAUCAGCAGGCACCGAUGUUGUUCUGAGUCGAGUUGAUGGAUCUCUUCGUGAUGCAACUGUGUAUGACAGGCUGCCCUCCCACAGAUAUGCAUAUAGGUCGCCAUCCUACUUGGAAGGGCCAAACACCAUAACCGGUGAUGCAUAUAGUAGGCCUCCACCAUACAUGGAAAACUCUAUGGGGUUGUCAAACACCACACCUGGUGAUGUUAAUAGGCCACCACCAUACUCACAAGGCUCUGCAGGGUUGCCAAAUACCAUAACUGGUGAUUUUUAUAGGCCUCCACCACACUUGGGAGGCUCUAUGCGGCUGUCAAACACCAUACCUCCACCAUAUCAGCUUGCUGCUACUGGUCCAACAACUGAGCCAUACCGGAGCAGUGGCUCACAAGCAGUUGAUGCUGUUCCAUCUGGUGCGAUUGCUCAUCCUUCAUCCUCUUUGUACUGGCAAAGAUAG